CGAUCUCAGAAUAUUAUUGAACAGCCUACGCAAGAGCGCUAUGACAGACCACGCACGCGACUGGGAACACGACCUGCAGGAGUCGAGGACAAGAGAAGGACUGGAGACGGCGGUCAACCUCCAUCCUACCAACGUCGAACAGAUACGAUUGAGUCCUCAGGUCGAGCAGUAUUUAGCUGAGCAAGGGGAGUCUGCAAGGGACCUCUUGGCACUUCCUACCCUCGUCGCGAAGCAUCCAGACGACUGCUACCCUCUAACCCACUACUUCAUCUCCUCCUCCCACAACACCUACCUCCUCUCCCGUCAAAUCCUCGGUCACGCCUCCGCUCUCUCCUACACCCACGUCCUCACGCACCACGCCCGCUGCAUCGAAAUCGACGUCUGGUCCGGCUCCUCGGGACCCAUCGUCACCCACGGCUACACCCUCUCCCAAUCCGUCCCUUUCGCCGAAGUAUGCGAGGCGAUCGGCAUGGCCGUGAAAGAGGGAGAUUGGCCGGUCAUGUUGAGUUUGGAGUGUCAUGUAAGUGUGGAGGGACAGGAGGAGUUGGUGAGGAUUAUGGAGGAAAAUUGGGGGGAUAAGUUGGUUAAGAAGGAGGUUAAGGAGGAUGGGAUAGAGCCGGGAGGAGUGACGCCUGGUGAAUUGAGGGGGAAGAUUGUGGCUAUGAUCGAAUAUUACCCGCCCAAAGUCCCGAAAGAUAACGGCGAUCCUCCCUCGAGCUCUUCAGAAUCCGACGAAGAAGAGGAGGAAGAAGAAUCAGAAGGCGGAACGAAACAUAAAGUCAAGCCUCUGCCUCCCUCUGCCAUCUCUGAUGCCCUGGCGGCACUCGGUGUAUACGCUCGCAGCAUGAAACCCUCCAAGGACUGGCUCACCCAACAAAUAUCCUACCCCGCCCACAUCCUAAUCAACAUCUCCGAAUCCACCCUCUCCGCCCUCCUCCCCGCUUCUCUCAACCCACUCAUCGAACACUCCCAGCUCCAUCUCAGACGCGUUUACCCGCGCGGCACGCGUAUCACCUCGAGCAACCUCAAUCCUUUGAAGUAUUGGGGAAAUGGGAGUCAGAUCGCGGCACUCAACUGGCAGAAUUAUGAUAGGGGGGUGCAGAUCAAUGAAGCGAUGUUUGUGGGUACGCCUGGAUGGGUGCGCAAGCCUGCGCACUUGCUUCCUGAAGGUGGAAAACGACUUAAGAAGAAAAGACUUACGUGUCAUGUCGUUGGUCUCAGCUCAAUGCCCACUCCCGAAGGCACGAAACGUCUCUCGAACUACAUCCUCGUCCAACUACUCCACCCAGGCCUGAAGACUAUGGAAGGCGAAUGGCGUAGCAAGACCGUCAAGACGGAGCCUUUCGUCGUUGAAAACUCGCAACCUUCUGAGGAUGCGAAUGAGGAUGGAUCGCUCGCGAAAGGUCAGAAGAACAUCACGGAUGUGAUGUGGGAUGAGAAGUUCCAGUUCGAUUAUGAGGAGGAGGGACUGGAGUUCGUUAGGUUCAACAUCUGGGAGGACAUUGCUUACAGCCCCGAUGUCAAACAUCUCGUCUUCGUCGCGAAGACGGAGCAGAUAGAGCCGGGAUGGAGAUUGGUGAGGAUGUUGACGCCAAAGGGGAAGGAUUCCGGAGCGACGUUGCUCGUGAAGUUUGAGUUCAUGGAUCUGUUCACUCUCUAGGCGGUUGAAUAACUGUGGAUGGAAGAACACAAUGUAUCUUAUUCCUAUGUGAAUGUAUAGUGCUGAAGUCUGCUCGUCUC